AGCGGCAAAAGUCAAGUGUUUUGGGAACUUGAACCAAUGGCAUUGGCACUUACUAGCUUGUCUACGGAAUUUAUCAAAGCCUUAACUUUAUAUAACCCAAUGCAGCUAAGUUCUUACUGGCUUCUGGGAUCUGUUACAGAAAGAACACUGGAUUUCUGUAAGCCCACCAUCACCAACACCCACCUGUUUUGGCUCUUAAAUCUAAAUACAAGACUUCUCCUAAUGAAGAUAUUCGGUUGGAUGCAAAACAAACUUCAUGGCAGACAUGCCGCCAAGAAACUUAACUCUAUUUCAGUUAAUCACCAUACACAGCAGGAACCUCGGGACCAAGAAUUCAGUGAUUGGCCUCAUGGAUUGCUGGCAAUCGGUACAUUUGGAAACAAUGGCACGAAAGAAGAUUCCAAGCUUAACUAUUUUCAAGAAAAUCUAUCCCAAGAUCAUCUGCAACAACUUACACUUGAAGAAGUUGAAAAACUUCAAAAUGAGCUAAACUCGUUGUUGCAUAAACAAGAUGGAUCAACCUCUGGUGAUACAGAAUCAGAUACUGAGAAGCUCGCAGUAGGUAAGCUUCUCAAUGGAAAUCCCAGCUCGGAGGAAGAUGACAAAGAUUGCCACUUUCAAGGCAGCAGCAUUGCAAUUCUUGGCAGAGGGAGAGGAAUAUGUAGUGUGGAUAAUACAGGCAGUGCAAUUAAAAGAAAAUCCUUGUCAUUUCUUCUGAAGAAGAUGCUCGUUUGCAGAGGUGGAUUUACACCUACCCCUAGCCUAAGAGAUCAGGUUCCUGAGUCCAGAAUGGAAAAGAUGUUGAGGGCAAUACUUCACAAGAAGGUAUAUCCCCAAAAUCCAAGUUCAAAUUCGUCUGCCAAGAAAUACUUGGACAAUAAACACAAGCCCAGGUCUGUCGACCGUGAGGAUGACAGAAAUCACAAGGAUGAUAAGGGAAGUAAAUGGGUCAAGACAGAUUCUGAAUAUAUAGUGUUGGAGAUAUAAUUUAAUUAUCUCUGCCAAGCUGCGAAGAUAUAUGGUAUUACAGAUGUAUUUUUGUUUCUUAAUUGUCCAGUUCCUGAUAAUAAUAAUAAUAAUAAUAAUAAUAAUAAUAAUAAUAAUAAUAAUAAUAAUAAUAAUAAUAUUUUGAUCCAAUUUUUAUUUAGCUAA